GUACAUACAUAGAGAAUAUGUACUGUACAUUUAGAAGCGGAUACACGCCUGAGUAAUCAUGUGUGAAUAGUCACGUGUGAAUGAUCUUAUUUUUUACCUGACCUGCUCGUCAACUCAUAUCCUGUUACUGCUCCAACCACUUUCCGAUUUCAAUUACUGAGUUGUGUUUAUUUAUUUAUUUUUGUUUCGUAGUACGCGACAUGUCCUGUGGCGAAUGCACUAGUUAGGAUACAUAUUGCUUGAAGAAAUAUUGUCAAAUCUGACAAGUUAGAUUUGCCACAAUUAAAGAAGGCACGUUGAGUCUCAAGUUACAACCGCACGAUUUUAAAAUGUUUUUCAGAGUGGCCAGAAGAUACUUGCUGACUUCUUUUAGGGUUCAGACGCUGGUCACCCGCAUGCUCAAGAAAUCAGUAAUGACCUGCGUGGCUCCCCAGCCCAACUCAUUCCACCCCCCCCAAGCUCAAAGACUGCUCUUUGUAGCUCACUGCGCUCAGCUUCCAUACUGGAGACCAGCCGGCGCCUGCAUGCUUAUCGGAGGUCAGCCGUUUCACUCCUCCACUCAGUCCCACAAGCGGAGGAAGACUCAAGAAGAGCCGCAAGAGCGGGAGCUGGACCUCUUGAGGUAUGACAUGAAGGAUUUAAUGAGGGGCCCCAAGCCUGCGCUGUACCUGGGCUUCUCCAGCUUGAUUCCCUUCGUCUCCGCUCCGCUGCUGAUGGCAGUUACGGAGGUGUACUGUCCUGACGUAGCCUUCGCCCAGGUGGCCUACGGAGCCUCCAUUCUUUCUUUCCUCGGUGGAGCUCGCUGGGGGUUCACACUGCCAGAGGGGAGCCCUGCCAAGCCGGACUGGAUGAACUUGGCUAACAGCGUGGUGCCUUCACUGUUCGCCUGGGUAGCGCUCCUGUUCAGGGGCAGCAUCACAGAAUCGUCUCUGAUGGUGAUCAUGGGGCUGGGAAUCGCGUUGCACUAUGACCUCUCCCUCCUCCCCGGGUACCCUAGCUGGUUCAAGGCCCUGAGGACCAUCCUCACCUUGGUAGCUACCUUUUCGCUGGUUGCGACUCUGAUCAUUAAAAAUGUGUACCCUGAAAAAAAACUUUCAGAAAUCUUUCAGAAAAACAACUGAUGAUUGUCUGUAGCUCUCAGGCAAGUACAGUACAAUACAACAAAAGCCAAUGGGUCUUGUGUCAAUUUUGUGAAAAUAAUGUAAAGAUAUUGAUAUAGCCCUGUAACAUUCUCUUUUUAUAGGAGAAAUAAAAAAAUAAAUAAUAAUAAGUUUAUUGAAAUGUAUUUCUUACCAGGAAAACCCCCAGUGUGAUUUUCCUUGAAGUGAUUUAGUUCAGGGAUUGACAUAUUUAUAAAACCACAGUACACCUGGAAAUGCUUGGAGUUGCAAUGCAUCUACUGGCACUAUAAUGAGUUAUCAUCCCCCGCUGGGGAAGGGUGAUUUGGGGCCAGUAUGCAAGCCACACUUUAUGAGGUUAUAUUCUUUAGGUGUAAGUGUAGCAGUAAGAAUGACUGCAGUAACAGCUGCCUCUGCUUUUGAAACUCGGUACAGAGAAGACGCAAAGCCCAAGUGAUGAAAAAGAUUACUUAUAUCAUUGUAACAAGUGGCGUUUUGCAUUUCGAACCUAAAAAAAAAAAAUUAAUUGGUUAUACAAUUGCCAGUUAUCCACAAGCUUUUAUGCAGAACAACAAAUGUGUUUUAACAUUUGUUAAACAAAUAACUCCAACUCAACACGUUUUAGCACUUCAUAUUAAAAUAUCACACAUUAAAAGAUAUUAUUAAUAAGAUGUUAUUAAUAAAGUGAUGUUCUUUUAAGAAGCCCAUUAGAGCUCACUUUACUGCCACCUGUUUGGUAGUACUACCAAGUACCUUAUUUUAGAAAUAUAAUAUACUCAAGUUGUCUAGUACAAUAUGUUGUUAUUAUGAUAGCAUUAAACAGGGUUGCAGAAUACAGGUAUGCUAUGUUUUUUAGAUAAUAACCAACAUGAUGUAUUUUACUUAUUUGCAGACUAAAGCAGCCCACACUAUUCUAGGUAUAGCAGACAGGCGUUUUAAUGUCUAAAUGACAUUCACACAGGGUUCAGACUCUAGAUCAUUUAGAACUGCAGAGACAACACUAAUCACAUCAGUUCAGCGCCACUGUCAAUUAGCGAGCGUGCUUAGAAUCUCAUGAGAUGUCUCGGAGGAUAAAGCACUGUUGUAUUGUGAUCAGGAAAAGAUCUCACGCAGACACGAGCUGGGCUAUUAAAUCUUCAAGGGCUCAUGACGUUUUUUUUUUUUUUUUUUUUUUUUAAUAAUAUAAUA